UCCAAUUUUAAAAAAGAUUUAAUUAAUUAAUUUAAAUCCGUCGAAAAUGGUGACCACUUUGAAGGCCACUCACGCCGUCCGGCCGGCGGAACCGACGCCGGAAAAGAUCAUGUACCUAAACUCCUGCGAUCAAAUUAAGGACAUUACCCACACCCCUACCAUCUACUUUUACCGGCCGUCUGCCGCCCUCGCCGCCGUCGACGUCAUUUUCCGGCUGAAGUUCUCCCUGAGUCAGGCGCUGGUGCCGUUCUACCCGCUGGCCGGCCGCCUGAAUUGGGCGGCGGAAGGCGGCAGCAGGGUGGAGCUCCGGUGCAACGGCGCUGGCGUGCCGAUUUUCGAGGCGGAGACAGAGGCGGUAAUCGACGAUUUCGGAGACUUCACCCCGACGCCGGCGAUCCAGGAGCUAAUUCCGGCAGUCGACUACACUGCGCCGAUCGACGAAAUCCCGUUGGUCAUCGUCCAGCUGACGAGAUUCCGGUGCGGCGGCGUCAGCAUUGGCCUCGGCAUUUCGCACGUCCUCGCCGACGGGCCGAGCGCGCUCCAUUUUGUCGACGAGUGGGCGAAAUUCGCCCGCGGCGGCGGCGGCGGCGGCGCCGUCGUGCCGCCAUUCCUCGACCGUCAGGUCGUGGAAACAGGGCGUCCGCCGAAAUCAAAAUUCGAUCCGGCGGUGCUCCGGCGACCGCCGACGCUGAUCGGGGAGGAGGACAGCCUGGAACAGCGGAGGAAGCCGAUCGCCGUCGCGUUCCUCUGCCUCACCGCACCGCAAAUCGAGAAACUCCGCGGCCGUGCAAAUCUCGAGGCCUCCAUCGCCGGAAUCCGCAGCUACAGCCGCUUCGAGGCGGUGGCCGCCCACAUUUGGCGGUGCACGAGCCGGGCCCGCGGCCACGUCUCCGACCAACAAACGAGUCUCCAUUUUGUUGCAGAUUUUCGUAACAAAUUAACUCCGGCGUUGCCGCAAAAUUACUUUGGCAACGCCUUGAUCCGCGUGGAGGCCACCGACACUUCCGGAAGCCUCCUUUCGAAUUCGAUCGGCGCCGCCGCCCGACGGAUCCGUGAAGAGGUCGAGAAAGUGACUGAUGACACGGUCCGGGCCUAUUUGGAAUAUCUUAAAGAGUUGCCGGAUGUGGGCCGAUUCAGGUCCUUAGAUAACAAUGGUCGCCCGAAGGGAGAUUUUUACGGCAAUCCGAAUCUAGCUAUCAUAAGCUGGACCGGGUUGCCUCUAUUUGGGACGGAUUUCGGGUGGGGCAACGAGAUCCAUUUGGGGCCCGGCCCGAUGGGAUUCGACGGCAAAACUUUUUUGAUACCGGGGCGGGAAGGGAACGGCUCCUUUAAUGUGGCUAUAUGGCUUCAAGAGGAUCAUAUGCCGGCAUUCAAGAAAUGCUUCUAUGAUCAGAUUUAAUUUAUCGCUAAAUUUAUUAUUUUUAUUUGUUGGAUUAUAUUUGAGAAAAUUUUACUUUAAUUUCUAGUAUGUUAUGUGUUAUGAAGAGAAUAUAAAUGUAAUUUUGUUACAUUUUGGAAUC